AUCGGUUCUCAUUAGUGGAGCAGAUGGCACGAGAAAUCCGGCGAUUCUUUAUGUCUUCCACCUAAAAAGGUGGUAUAGAUCACAAAAUGGUGUCAAUUGGUGCUGGCUUAUGAGAAUGUACUUCAUCUCCUGUACUUCAAUAGAAUAUUGACUUGCAUUUCUCUGCCUCGGUGCUAAGAUAACCAUAGGGGACACAAGUUCUAUCAGGCUUAAUCAUGAUGGCUGCAGACAAGAAGAGCGUGCACACUCAUGUCACCAUAAAUAAAGAUAAUGAGUUAUCUUCCUUGGCAGAGCCUUCAAAGCCAGUUAACCUCUGUCUGUGGAGGGUCAUGAUCUGUAUAGGGACCUUGAUAUAUGGUUCCUAUACUAUCCUGGUGCAUCUGUGUGAAGUAGAUGGGAAGAUUCCUUUCAGCUCAUCCUCCAUGGUUCUUGUCAUUGAAAUAUCAAAGUUGCUCAUCUCCAUAGUGUUGUUUAUACCAGAGGUGCAGGAGAAAGGUUUUAACAUGCCCAGUUUUAAGUUUGCUCUUCCUUUUGCUGUUCCUGCACUGUUGUAUUGUUUUAACAACAAUAUUGCUGUACACAUGCAACUCCAGAUGGACCCAGCUACAUAUCAGGUGCUGGGAAAUCUAAAAAUCUUAUCUACAGCAUUCCUCUAUAGACUGAUAAUCAAAAGGCCAAUCUCCCCAUUGCAGUGGGUAGCUCUUGGAUUUCUUGCGCUCGCUGGAAUAAGUAAUAGUUAUGGUGGUUUACAAGCCAAGCAGGGCAUCACAUCAGCUGGAGUCAUCCACAUUACAGUCAAGGGUCUACUUAUGAUUACAACAUACUGUUUUGUAUCUGGGCUGGCAGGAGUGUACACAGAGUACAUUCUCAAGAAACAAUAUCAGACAUCAAUUCACCUCCAGAACAUCUUGUUGUAUAUAUUUGGGAUAUUGCUGAAUGGAGGGAUGUGGCUGUCACAGGCAGCAGCCUCUGGCUCUCCAGGUGCUUUUAAUUUAUUCCAUGGGUACAGUCUCUACACAUGGGUCAUUGUUAUUACACAGGCAUUUUCAGGUCUCAUUAUGUCAGCCAUCAUGAAGCACUCGAGUAAUAUUGCUCGUCUCUUCAUGAUCUCUUCUGCCAUGAUGGUGGCCACAGCGCUGUCCAUGCUGGUGUUUGAUUUGAAGCUGAACAUUUUCUUCUGUGCAGCGUUUGUUCUGGUGUUUGUUGCUCUCAUUCUCUACCACAGGAAGUGAGGUGAUCUGAGAUAGUCAGCCAUAUCCUUACACUUUGGCUGUGCUGGAGAGGAAGUAGUAAAUGUUUUUGCAUGAUAAAGUGAGUGUAUAAAUUGCGCCAUGUCUGGCAUAUUGAACAAAUAUAUAUACAUAUAUAGAUGUAGAUACAUACACAAAUUCAUAUUCAGAUAUUUUGCCAUAGAUACACUGCCCCAUGUUUAGUGCAGCCAUUAACGUCGUUGUAUAUUGCAAUGAAUUAAUGAAAAAAUUACAAAUUUUCUAAAUUAAUUAUGUAGUUCUCAUGAAUUUUCAAAAGCACAACACAUAUUUAAUUCCAAGUUAUGUAAUUUUCCUUUUACAAUAACAGUAUAAGAUAUAUUUUUCAUGGUCAAAAUAACUGUUAGAAGUGUUUUUUUUUAUUAUUAUUAUUUUUUGCUGAUGCAGUAAGUAAUGUUAGUAGGGUUUUAGUAAGUUUUAUAAAACAAUGGAAAAUUGAUGUCUGCAAACAAUGUAUUUUAAAAACCUACUUGUUUUUAAUUGCUAUUUUACAGCAUUUGCUUAUUAUGAUGAACACAACAUAUUUUCUUUGUUUUGUGAUUUAAUUGUUUUAUGUGAAUCGGAUAAUUUUUAAAUUUGAUACUAUGCAAGUUUUAUGUAUUUGCCCUGUUAAUUUCCUGUUUUCAGAGUUAAGACAAAACACUUGAAACAUUUUGUAACAUUGAGUCUCCCAGGUGUUGAUUGAUGAAGGUACUAGUAAUAUAAGGUACUAGUGAUACGCUGGUAAAGUAAUGAUUUAACUGAUUUAUAGUUGAAGCUACAUUAUGUUAAAUUGAUUUGAAUGAUAUAAUAAUGGUUGCAAUCUCUAUAAUAACCAGUAUAACUGAAAUAUAAUCAAGUCAAGUAAUUUAAUUCAGAAGUAUAAGGGCUUUUUAUGCUUUAUUUAUAUUAUUAUACUUAUUUUUAUUUUAAACAGAAUUUUACCUCUUCUGCCCAUUUGUCAUAACUUAACAUUCAUGCUUUAGCCUGUGUAUGCUUUUAAGGUUUGACGAAGUAGCUGGUAGCAUAAGAAUUCUUUUGUGUGUUAAAUCAAUUUAAAUUUUAUGACAAUCAACAAAAUUGAAAAAAACUUUGCACCAAGUGUCUUGUAAUCAAUGUUAAUGACCAAAAACAGACUAAUUAAACUUAAGAUUUGGUGCAGGCAGUGUUUCUGUAAGUUUAUGGUUAAAGAACUUAGGCAUGAGAUAAAAUGGGUUUUUCUCAGAAAUAUUAGUCAAAAACCUUGCAGCAUAAACAUAGCACAGAAACCAGUCACUUGAUGUUAAUCAGGCAGAAAGCUUAGUAUAUGUAACUUAACGAUUUUUGAUUCCAUGUACUUUUUAUAUAUUUGUGCCAAUUACAUAUGAAAUGUUAAGUUAAAGUUUGCGCACUGAAUAUUGGCAAUUCCAUGUCAUUUUUUUAAAAUUGAUAGGUGCUUUUAAGGCUUUUAAAAGUGGGUGUUUUCAUUUGCUCUGAAGAAGGUGAUGAUUGCAGCUGUGGCAGGAAUGGAAGUCCAGGGUCCUUUAUGAUUACUGCUGGUUAGGGUUUGUCAUAGUAUUGAGGUUAGUAUAUGAGACGAAUGUCACCUCUUAAAAGAAUGGGGAACGGACUACGGUCCCUAGCGAACUAUCAAUCCUGUCACACCGGCAUUUGUUAUUUCAUAUGUCAAAACAUUGCUUGCCGAAUAUGAGCACAAAAAUUGGUGCUGUUUGCAAUAUAUAUAUAUAUAUAUAUAUAUAUAUAUAUAUAUAUUGAUCACUACAUGAACUUAUAUACACUUUCUUUAACCGGAAAUAUACAAAAUAUGAAAUUCAGCUUAAUUUUUUUUGCAGCAAAUUUUUGCUUCAUUAAGUGUGCACGUGUGAUCCCCAUCUUAGCAUAAAUAAUUGAUAAAAAGCAGCAAAACAAAUGUUCUCAAAUGUAUUGGUUGAUUUUACCUCUCAGAUAUCACAAAGCCAUUCACAUGUUCUUUAAUCUGGCAAAGUUUUAUUAUUAGAAUUAUUAUUUUGCGUUAUUCUGCUGCAUUUUUGUA